UACUUCCUUAGCAACGUGUAUCUGAACCAGGAAGUACUUGUGUAUCCUUUAGCUAACUAGCUAGCCGUGGAUAGCACAGAGUGAAACUGUGUGACAGUAAAGUUUGUCUCAGUUUAAUUCAUGCUACGCUUUUGCCUGUAAAACAUAUGCCAGGUGAACGUCGUGGUUAGCAGACAGUCGUGUCGCUUACAGGAAAGAAGGGGACGUUGUAUGCGAUGAAAAUGAUUUUCUUACCACUGUGUGAUAGGCAAUGAUAGGCUUGACAAAUUAUGCGGGGGUUAUGGAAAGUCUAAUGAAUUCUGCUGAAGAGAAGCAGCCCUCCUCUCCACUGACCAACUCAUGGGCCAAAAAACAGGAAUCAAGCAAGAGUCAAAAGCCAAAUGGUGUUGGUGGCUUUGUUUUAGUGCAUGCAGGUGCAGGAUACCAUUCAGAAUCUAAGGCCAAGGAGUACAAGCAUGUGUGCAAAAGAGCCUGCCAGCGAGCUGUCGACCAGCUCAAAGCUGGGGCACUUGCCGUGGAGGCAGUGGCUGCAGCACUAGUUGAACUUGAGGACUCUCCUUUUACAAAUGCUGGCAUGGGCUCCAACCUUAAUUUGUCCGGGGAAAUUGAGUGUGAUGCAAGUAUCAUGGAUGGAAAGUCUCUGCAUUUUGGCGCCGUAGGAGCUCUUAGUGGUAUAAGGAACCCAGUAAUGGUUGCAAACCGUCUGCUGAGUGAAGCACAGAAAGGGAAACUUUCAGCUGGCAGAAUACCACCCUGCUUUUUAGUGGGGCGGGGAGCACAUGAUUGGGCUGUCAGCCAUGGAAUACCGCCAUGCCCUUCAGAUAAAAUGGCCACCAAGUUCAGUUUAUCUGCAUACAAGAGGAACAAGCGAAAGAUGGAGCUGGCAGAGAAAAUGGACACAGGACAUAAUCAGACAAAGAAAAGACGACAAUCAAGUGAAAAUGAAAAUGGCUCAGGGUGCCUGGACACAGUUGGAGCUGUUGUUGUGGACCUGGAGGGGAAUGUAGCUGCAGCAGUGUCCAGUGGAGGUUUGGCUAUGAAACAUCCCGGCAGGGUUGGCCAGGCUGCUCACUAUGGAUGUGGCUGCUGGGCUGAAAAUGCCUGUAAUAUGAACUCUUACUCUACAGCAGUGAGUACCUCAGGCUGCGGGGAGCAUCUGAUUCGCACCAUGCUGGCACGGGAAUGCUCUGCUGCCAUGCAGUCUGAAGAUGCCCACCAAGCCCUGCUGGAGGCUAUGCAAAACAAGUUCAUCAGUUCACCCUUUCUGGCCAGUGAAGAUCGUGUUUUGGGGGGAGUAAUUGUCUUGCGAUGUUGCAGAUGUGUGGAGGCUCAGCCGUCUCAAAACUUUCAGGGUAUACUGGUGGAGUUCCUGUGGAGUCACACCACAGAGAGCAUGUGUGUUGGCUACAUGUCUGCCCAAGAUAGCAAAGCAAAGUUCAAAGAUUUUUUGGCAGUUUAUGGAAUAUGCUUCGGUCCUGUGCAUUGUGGCGGGAACUUUUGCCCACGUUCACCACACAGGAGCCACAUGGGUCCACCCUCCUCCCUCAAGAGGAGCCAUAAGGGUCCAGUGCUUUAUGAAUUGAACACACAUAUCCAGAUUGCCACCUGGGACAGUUCCUGGACAGUCUUUGGCCAUCGAGGGAGGGGUGUGUCGGCUGAUGGGUGUAGUGGAGUGAGGCGUGUUUUCCUUCCUUCUGGGCUUCUUCAGCAAUACUCCAAUAUAAACUCUUCCAUCCACCCUCAAAUACACACACACACACACCCACCACCCUCACCUCCCCACGGCCUUUGUGAUGCCAGAAGUAAUAAGCUUUUGCUGUUUAAACAGGUGUCCAGGAAGGAGGGAGGAGUGUUAGCUUCUACUUAGUGCACUUACAGGACUUCCCUUUGCCACUGUCUGCCUCCAGCAUGUACUCUAUGCCAACUUAUCCCCGAGCUCUCCAGUGUCACCUGGACUAGACUUGAUGCACCAUUGCCUUGAUGCGCCGUUUUAUGUUCUUUUGUCUCUGUUACUGUUUUUCAACUAAAAGUGGCUUCUUUCCUUUUGUAUAUAAGCUAUAAUUUUGUUUUUUUGUUGGCAAAACAGGGUGGAUAUUCAUAUUAUUUUAUAUUACUGAACAGAUGUGACUAUUUUCAAACUUUUAGGAAUUUCAAGUGCAAGAACUUGUUGCGUUUUUAAAAUACUUUUCAAUGUUAAAAAGAUGUCAGAUUGCACCGUGUGGGAUGCCUGCGACUCGAGGUUAUCAGGAAUGAAGAAUUAAAGCUGCAAGGGUUGGACGGUGACACAAAGCCUACUUAGUUUUCCACGUACAACUUCCACACAUACUCGUACACACAUGCUCUUAUUAAUCCUCCGGCGUAUUGUUUAAUGUAGCAUCAUGUGCAUCUUUGAUGAACUUUCUAACCGUUUCAGCCAUAGACUUUGCUUGGCUUUAUUUUUGUUUUUUAAAUGUGAAUACUUAGAUACUGCAUGUGCAAAAUCCACAAUAAGCCACUUUCUUUUCUCUGAUGUGCAGAAAUGCUCAAGAAGCAGGAAGCUAUGCACUUCCAGAGUGAUGCUUAUAUAUACAUAUAUAUCUAUAUAUAGUGCUCAGGCAGCAACAUUUGACCCAAGCGCCAAACAUGACUGUUAGUCAUCAUAUAGAAAUCACAGUUUAUAUUUGUACAGUCCCAGUGACAGAGACGUGUAUUUUCUUGCUAAAACAAAGUACAGUUAAAAACUAAUGUAUGCAUCAAGCCCAUGAAAUGGUGCUGUCGAGAAUUGUACUUGAAAAGAAUAAUUGUCUGAAUUGAAACUUUUGUUGGGAUAUUUGGUUUCUCUGGUUUUGCUUUUUUUUUUCUUUGCUCAGACUUUCAGUCCCAGCGAAACCAUGGUAUAGCUUGUUUGUUGUUUACUUGAAAAAUGCAACUAAUAUAAAAUGGUAUAAGCUAUGUAAAUCAUACGUGCACCGCUUUCUAAAGUGCUCAGAAGGUAAAAUAAAAUGUAUGUUGCUACGUA